AAAUGGAAGGAGUGAACGUGUCGACUCACCCACAGAUUCCCGGCGAGCCGACUCAGUCGUCGACGGCGCUUCUGGAGAAGGCCACCGCCACCAUCCAAGGCUUCGGCCCCAUAAACAAAAUCCAUCAGCACCUCUGCGCGUUCCAUUUCUACGGGCACGACAUGACGAGGCAGGUGGAGGCGCACCACUUCUGCGCCCACCAGAACGAGGAGUUCCGGCAGUGCCUCAUCUACGACCGGCCCGAUGCGGACGGGCGCCUCAUCGGGCUGGAGUACUUGGUGUCCGAGGAGCUCUUCUUGACGCUCCCCGACGACGAGAAGAGGUUCUGGCACUCGCACGAGUACGAGGUGAAGAGCGGCGUGCUCUUCAUGCCCGGUGUCCCCGGCCCCGUCGAGCGCCAGGACCUCGACAAGGUCGCCAAGACCUACGGCAAGGCCAUACACUUUUGGCAGGUCGAUAGGGGCGACUCUUUGCCCCUCGGCAUACCCCAAGUCAUGAUGGCCCUCACGCGCGAGGGCCAGCUCUACGACAAUCUCGCCCAAGAUGUUGAGAAACGGUACAACGUGUCGUUUGCGAAGGAGAGGGAGAAUCGGGCGAACAUUAAGGGACCGGUUCACGGGAUACACCCGAUGGCGAACGGCGGGGGGCGAGGGUUGCAGACGGUGCUGAGGGAAGUGGAGUGUAAGGGCGCGGAGUCCACGGCGAGGGUGUUUGUUUAAAGCUUGUGUUUUUGUUGCUAGCUCUAUAGCUAUCGCGAUCGUGAUCUUCAUCUUUUUUGUUGUGUAUAUCAGUAUAUGUGUACGACGUGUAACUAGAUAUAUUUUACAAGUUAAUAUGAAU